UGAAAGAAAUCAAAUGCUAUUCAUUCUGGAGUUUAAUAGUGAGACUGUUUUGCUAAUUGGCUGGCUGCUUUUCACUGCAUGCUGUGGGUGUUUUCAGGGUUUUGGCUUGCUUAGGCUUAGCACCUUCAUUUGUAAUAGGUUAUGGAUUCUUUGUCAGGCAGCUUGUAAGAACCUGAUUUAAACCCGUGAAAUAAGAAUUAGAAGCGAGUUUUCCUCUUUGAGUUGGUGGUUUUCAGACAGAUGUUUGCAUGGGAAGCUGGUAAUCUCAUUAUGACAAAGAAACAUAUGAGAAACCACUGUAUCUAUUAAAUCAGCAUCCCCGUCCCUAUUAAAAGGAUUUUGGUACACAAGCCCAAAGGGUUGCUGGGGAACGUCUGGGUUAGAGUCCAGUUUCAGUUAUGACAUGAGAGACUGCUUGGGAGAUCAAAGUUUCUCCUGACCGUGUUCUCCUUCUUGGGGUAUUCUAACCUGUAGUUUUACAUUUGGCACCCAGCCUGGUGUCUUCAAAUGCAAGGUGUGUACAGCUGAGCGAAGAGCUGGCUGAGAGUAUCAAAGAGCUGCAGUCAAUGGAAGAACACCGUACCGAGUCAAAGGCGGAGAUUAAAAAGCUGAAAGAGCAGCUCUCUCAGGCUGAACAAAUUCACAGAGGUGAGCUGGAAGGGAUGAGAAAGGAGAUCUCGAGGUUGACACAGGAGUUACACCAGAGGGACAUCACCAUUGCCUCUGCAGGCGGCUCCACGUCAGACCUAGAGCAGCGGCUGAGGAUGGAGAUUGAAAGAGCAGAGAGGAAAGCAGUGGAGCACAGGGUGAUUCUAGUUCAGCUGGAGACCUUAAAGCUGGAAAACCGUCACCUCUCGGAGAUGCUGGAAAAGGUGGAGCUGGGUGUGCUGGAGGGAAAAGAUGCCACCCUGAGAGCACUCAGCGAAGAUUAUGUUGCUGAAUUAAACAAAUUAAAAUCAGAGAACCAGCAGCUGAAGAAGGAUCUAUCAGAGGCCAGGGAGAAACUGGAGCUCGCGACCCAGGUCUGCCAGAGUCAGCCUGAGGGCACUGCUCAGCAGUUGCAAAGCGAAGAGCCUGAGCCCAGGGAUGUGCAGUACAGGACAACUCAGGAAUCACAGCAUAAACAGGAUGAACAAACGGAGAAAAUACAUCACAAGCCUGACAAGACUACUCAGCAUCAUCAGAGAUGGAAGAUCCAGCCUUUACCUGCUGAAAUGGGAGCUGUGAUACCCGAGGCUGCUGAGCUACCCACCAGCAGGAGGGUCUGCGUGGAGUCACCCACCCCUGCUCCAAGUGCCUUGCAUGGAACAGAUCCUUUGGUCCUUGUGCUGGAUGAUGGCGAAGAUUUUCCAGAUGGAGCAUCCAAGCAGUCAAACCACGAACAAGAAUCUGUACCUUUGUGCCCCCUGCCUACAUCUUCAGUUGGCUCAGUAGCUGCCCGAUACCUGGAAGAGGAAGAACUGAGAUCCCAGCACAUCCUGGAAUGCCUGGAUGCUCACAUAGAGGAACUGAAAAAAGAGAGUGAGAAGAUAGUGAGACACUUUGGACACCAGGAAUGACAUUUCCUCAAGUGCACUCAGUUGGAGCACUGCUUUCCUUGCAUGGUUUCAAACUGCAGCAGAGGGAGGUACCUGCAAAGCAAUUGCUGUUGGAGCUUGAGGAGCUGAGUGAGCAGGCUGGAUGCUGGAAAGAACAUGUGCAGGAAUGCCCUGCAUCAGAUCAGAAAGGAAAUGUGCCCCCACCACAUGUUGGUCAGCUUCCAAGGGCUAGAAGGCUGUGGGAGAGAUACGUGUCUGUGCACCCACCUGCAAAGACUUCACGUUGUUUUUAAAAGCGAAGCAUUUGCUAAAUUUAAUGUAAAGUAUUUGAUACAUGUAAAAGCGUUGAAAUAAAGCAAAGUGGAAAAACA